ACAAGCAUGCUGUCCCUUUGACUCAGUGACCGUAUUUUGCGGCCCUGGUUCAACAAGUUGCGUUAGGAACCAGAGCUUUUAGCAAGUUAUUUUAAAUGCUGUAUGAUUUCUGCUUUCGUUUUACUCACAGAAAAGCUUUGCCAAUUGAAUGGGAUGCUCUGAAGUUGCCCAACACGAGCCUGAGAUCACCAUGCCCAAUGUUAAGCAUCGCAUGACAUAAAUGCCGUUUGUGGUUCAGAACUAAUUAUCCAACAUCAGAACCUGAUUAAAAGAUAAACAUUGGGCAUAAGUGUUAGUUGUCUUGAAGUGCAUUAAGACCGCUGGUCACCAGGAUCUAACGUAUCAUCAUGGUACGUAAUGUGGACGACUUGGAUUUCUGCCUGUCCUCUCACCCUCAGAGCAUCCUAGAGGGCUUGCGUUCUCUCUGCUCCAACCCCAAGCUAGUGGACGUCACCCUGAGCGCUGGUGGACAGGACUUCCCAUGCCAUCGUGGCAUCCUAGCUCUCUGCAGCCUCUACUUCCGCUCUAUGUUCUCGGGGGACUUUGUAGAAAGCAUAUCAGCCCGUGUGGAGCUUCAUGAUGUGGAUCCUGAUGUGCUGGCCACUCUGCUGGACUUUGCUUACACUGGCAAGCUCACAAUCAACCAGAGGAAUGUAGAGGGCCUCAUAUCCACCUCAAGCCAGCUUCAGUUCCACACGGUGCGUGCUGUUUGCAGCCGGUACCUCCAGCACCAGAUUGAUGCCACCAACUGCCUAGGCAUCCAGGAGUUUGGAGAGAUUCACGGUUGCCCUGAGGUGGUGGCCAAAGCCAAAGCCUUCCUGCUAGAAAACUUUGAGGCUGUGCAGCAGCAUGAAGAGUUUCUGCUGCUGGAGAAGGACAAGCUGAUGGCCUGUCUGAAGGACGAUGCUCUGCAGACGCGGGAUGACUGUGCCCGAGCUGAGGCGGUUCUUGCUUGGGUCAGGCAUUGCAGGGACAGCCGGAUCUGUCAGUUGCCAGAAUUGCUGAGGCUGGCAAGACUCCCACUUCUACCUGAGACUUAUCUUAAGGACAGCCUGCUGAAAGAUCCACUGGUCCAGGACUCAAAGGAGUGCAGAGAACUGCUGGAGGUUGUUUGCAGAGAGAAAGUUCAUAUGCAGGUGGGCGAGUCAGAGCAGAGCCUGUUCCAGAACACCCCUCAUAACUUGCAGGAAGUGCUGUUUGUGAUGGGUGGCCGUUCACUGGAUGACUCUGAUGAUGAAGACGAAGAGGAGGAUGGUGAGAGAAACGGCAGGAUUCACCCCAGGAACUGUGCCUUCUACAACCCAAAGCUUCAGCAGUGGCAUCAGCUACCUGACUUUCCCAACUACAAUAAGUGGGGUUAUUCUCUUGUGUCUUUAAACAAUGAUGUUUAUGUCACAGGAGGUUCACGAGGUUCCCAGUCCAACACCUGGUCGACCACAGAAACCUGGAAGUUUAUCACUCGUGAAGGGAGGUGGGUUACGGUAGCUCCGAUGCUGCGGCCCAGGACUAACCACUCCUCAGCAGCUCUAAACGGAGAGAUUUACGUCAUUGGUGGCACUACAAUGGACAUUGUAGAAGUGGAGCAUUAUGACCCAUACAGCAAUACCUGGACUCUCACAGCCCCUGCAUUGAAAUAUGUGACGAACUUCACGGCCAACGCAUGUCUGGGGAAGCUAUACGUCAUCGGCUCCUGUGCUGUCAAAUAUAAUGCCCUGACCCUGCAGUGCUACAACCCUGUCAUAGAUGGCUGGAGUAUCAUCUGUUCUCCGUUCAUCCCGAAGUACCUGUCCUCACCUCGCUCUGUUUCUAUGGAUGGGGUUAUUUAUCUGAUAGCAGACAACACAAAGAAGGUGUUCCUCUAUGACCCUGAUGCUAAUAUAUGGCAGAAAAUCCAGUUCCUGCAUAAGCUUCAUGAGAACGGAGGUUUGGUGGUCCUGGGAGGGCAGCUGUAUGUGACAGGGGGCCACUGGAAAGGAAUGGAGGGUGAUUACAGUGUGGAGGUGGAGGUGUAUAAGCGAGCCUCCAACACGUGGAGGGUGGAGUGUUUCCUCCCCAGGCUGUGGUAUUACAGUGGCUGCUGCUCUAUCUUCCUGGACACAGCCCAAUGGCCUGAACUGUUCCCUGAGGAGACAUGAUGGAGCCCAUCAUGGUGAGAGGAAGCCGUUCCUACCUGCUGCUGCAGGACCAGAUAAAGUUUCCACCCAGAAACUUUUUUUGUUACUUCAGAGAAAAUCUGCUUGAGUAAAAUUUGAAAAUGCGCAGUCAGGCGUAUAGAAAGUAGAAGUACUAAUGGAAGAUUUUUUUGUCUCACUUUUCCUGACUAACAUUACCCCUUAUAUCACCUCUGACUCACAGGUUGGGAAGUUAAUAACUAAAUGCUGUUUGAAAGUAAAAAGAAAAAAAAAUACUAACUGCCAUUUAAAGUUGCCUGCAGAAAAUAAUCUUCCAGGCCUUGGACAAACAGGGCUUAUCUUUCGUUUAUCUAGACCUCUGUGAACAGGACAGUGUUUACCAUGUGUAUUUGCAUUUUGCUCUACACUGUAAGAUGUUUGUGUGAGAUUUUUCAUUGACAAAAGCUUUUGUGUCCAUUCAUAUACUAAAUAAAACUUUUUUUUCUUAAAGCACAA